GAACAACACCGAGCAAAAAGAAGAGUAGUCAGACGACAAUAUAGUCAAAGCAUCCAUCUUCUGUCUUAGAGAUUCGCGGCCAUCUCCGAUCCCAAGUGGAAAAUAAGUAAACGUCAAGCAUCAUGGGAGCCGUUCUGGGGUUGUGCUCCAUGGCGAGUUGGAUCCCGUGUCUGUGCGGCAGCGCCCCCUGUCUGCUGUGUCGCUGUUGUCCCAGUGGCAACAACUCGACGGUGACUCGCCUCAUAUAUGCCUUCUUCCUUCUGCUGGGAGUGGGCGUCGCCUGCAUCAUGCUGAUGCCGGGCAUGGAGGAACAUUUGAAGAAGAUUCCAGGAUUCUGUGAGGGAGGAACGGGUUCAUCUAUUCCUGGCAUGCAGGGUCAUGUGAACUGUGACGUGCUGGUCGGCUACAAGGCUGUGUACCGCGUUUGCUUCGGCAUGGCCAUGUUUUUCCUUCUCUUUUCGCUGCUUAUGAUCAAAGUCAAGAGCAGCAAAGACCCCCGAGCUGCACUGCAUAAUGGGUUUUGGUUCUUCAAGUUUGCAGCAGCUGUUGCCAUCACUGUUGGAUCUUUUUUCAUCGCAGAGGGUCCCUUUACAACUGUGUGGUUCUACAUCGGUAUGGGGGGUGCAUUCUGCUUUAUACUCAUCCAGCUGGUUUUACUCAUUGACUUUGCCCAUUCCUGGAACGAGUCGUGGGUGGAGAAGAUGGAAGAAGGCAAUUCACGCUGCUGGUAUGCAGCCCUGCUGUCAGUCACUGCACUCAACUACAUGUUGUCUCUGGUGGCUGUGGUCCUAUUUUACAUCUAUUACACCCACUCAGACGGAUGCACUGAGAACAAGGUCUUCAUCAGCAUCAACAUGCUGCUCUGCCUUGGUGUCUCUGUGAUUUCUGUCCUGCCCCAGAUCCAGGAGUCCCAGCCCAGGUCCGGCCUGCUGCAGUCCUCCCUGGUGACCCUGUACACUAUGUACUUGACCUGGUCCGCAAUGACCAAUGAGCCUGAUAGGAAGUGCAACCCGAGCCUUCUGGGUAUCAUCGGGUUGAACACCACCACCCCUGCAGGUCAGGACCAUGUGGUUCAGUGGUGGGAUGCCCAGGGCAUUGUGGGAUUGAUCCUCUUCCUCAUGUGUGUCCUGUACUCCAGUAUUCGUAACUCCUCCAACACCCAGGUGAACAAACUGACUCUGACGACUGACGAGUCCGCUCUGAUUGAAGAAGGGUCUCAGGCUGAAAGCUUUGAGGAGGGCAGUGGGGCGAACCGUGCUGUGGACAAUGAGAAGGAAGGAGUCACUUAUUCCUAUUCCUUCUUUCACUUCAUGCUGUUCCUGGCUUCACUGUACAUCAUGAUGACGCUUACCAAUUGGUACAGCCCUGAUUCCAACUAUGAGGCCAUGACUAGCAAGUGGCCCUCUGUGUGGGUGAAGGUCUCCUCCAGCUGGAUCUGCAUCACUCUCUAUGUGUGGACGCUUGUGGCGCCACUGGUCCUGGUCAACAGGGACUUUGACUGAAACACUCAUUGUCCCCAUACGUAGCUAUUCUCAGCUUCACCUGUUUUGUUUCCGCAGAGCUCAUAAAGAGUAGGUGGCUGCAUUUUGAUUGGCUUGGGUGUUAAAAGCUGUUUGGUAGAUGGGAUUUUUUUCCCCCCACUUUUUAAACCUUUUUGUGUUCCACCGCUAACUGCAGCCCAGUCCCAUUUGCUUGUUAUUGUGACUCUUCAGCAGUGUGUUGUUGUGGUUCCUGUUGUAUAUACUUUACCCCAGUGUGUUCUAUUAAAAUCGAUGCAUGCUUUUUCCUUUAAAAUGCUACGUGAUAGCUGCUCAAGAAUUUAAUUUGAGGGAUGUUAUCAGUGUACUGUACAUUAUAUGGACAAAUAUGACAGGACACCAGACCAUUUAACCUGCAAGUGAAAUCUUUACUGAGUAAUGCUGGAACAAAAUAAAGCGGUCUGUCCCAAUACAUUUGUACAUAUAGUGUAUUUCAUGACAACACAGUACACACUGAAGAGCUGUGUCGGUGUUCACAUUUGUUUACACACUCUGCAAAUGUACUGUAUUAUUGCUAUAAUCUGCUUUUAUCCAAAUACGACUUUUGAAAUGUUAAGUGUAUUGUAACUGAUUUAAUAAAACAAGCUGAAAUGGAAAAA